UUUAACGUGUUUUCAAUUAACAAAACAUGUCUUAAAUGAUGAAGGGAGCAGUGAAUACCAGUAUCGAAGCUGGUUUGUGAAUUUGCUAUGUGAAGACAUGUUUCUUGAUUUAAACAAUACUAUCCGAUUACCAACCAGUGGUGAAAUAGAAAUGUUGAUCGCAAAAACCAAAAAGUUCUAUCUAGGUCGGAGAUCUACGGGUUGGUAUCAUGAUGGGAUAUUAACAAUAAACAUAAAUAGCAUCAAUUUUCAAAUCGGUUUCCUUGAGGUGGUUGGAAACGCCAUAGUUGAAAACCAUAAAAAAAAGACCGCCGACCUUCAAAAAAUUUUAAAAGCGAUGCGGUUGGCUUUUUUCCAACUAACAAAAACUUUACAGGAAAAAGGAAUAACUGAUGAAGAAAUGCUUAAACGAAAGCUUGAAACCUAUGGAAUUUUCGUCGAUAGAAGAGAUUUUAUUUUUUAUGCAAUGAUUUAUUAUGAUGGGGCUUAUCUUGUUGACGAAAUUAUUUCGUUUACAAUUCCAGACACGCCGACGCAAUUAUGUUUACUAAAAGAUAUUGUAACUGGUUUAUUGUCGUUCAGGGCUCGUGUUGAACACACAUACACUCAGAUAACUAAUUUGUUAAAAAGCGCAACGUCUCGACGUCGUCCAAGACGAAUGAAAACUGAUAUAGAUGUUUCCCCGGGUACUUCAAAAACUCUCAGAAAGAAAAAAUAG